GAAUUUAUUUUUUUUAUAAAAAUGAGAAAUUCUUGAACCUAAAAACCUCAAAAUAAUUUCUCUAAAAUUUAAUUUCAAUUUAAUAAAGGUACGCAAAAUCUCCAAGAAAAAUGCUCUCCCGCGACUCAUACUCCCAUUGGGUAAUGGAGGUAUAUUCAUUCCCACCCGAUUCAAUUGGAUUUUCAGACUGGCAUAAAAUGCUAAGACCAAAAAAUCAACAAAAUAACAAAAGCAGAAAACAAAGAGGAAGGCGUAAACAAAGAGGGAGGAGACAUCAUAAUCACCAUUAAAAAAUUAAAUUUUUGAGCAAUAAAUUGAGAAAAAAAUAAAUAAAUAUUU